GCCGUUCUUGGAUCUGUCCGCUCUUUGUGUUACCCAUUCAAGCAACUAACAAAUAAAUGGAAUAUUAAAUUCGUCUUAUUACAUUGUGUUCAUACUUGUGAUGCUGUGAGAGUUUUCCUGUUUCAAACGAGAUGGCCGAUGUGAAAAUACAGUUGGAGCAAUAUAGUGCGACCGUUGCCCUCAACAGCGACGAGACAGUCUCGUUUCAAUCCAAAAAAGAUGCAGAAUCUCUUAAUAACGCUUUAGUCAGUGGAUCAAGCGGUAAUCUGUGCAAUGGAUCAACGAAGAUUAAAAUCCAAACACCGCUUAAAAAGAUUCCGAACGGAAGUCCGACAGGACAUCGAAAACCGAUGAUAUCAUUAACUCAUCUGCCAAAACGGCCCCCGGUGGAUAUUGAGUUUAAUCAACUGUCGUAUUCGGUGUCGGAAGGACGCAAACGGGGAUACAAAACUAUUCUAAAAGGAGUGAACGGAAAAUUUAAAUCCGGCGAAUUAACGGCGAUUAUGGGACCUUCGGGCGCAGGCAAAUCCACCCUCAUGAAUAUCUUGGCCGGUUAUAGAACUAAGAACUUGACAGGAAACGUUCAGAUAAAUGGUCGUGAGCGUAGCUUGAGGCGUUUCCGCAAAAUGUCUUGUUACAUUAUGCAGGAUGACUGCCUAUCGCCGCAUCUAACUGUGAAGGAGGCCAUGUCGGUGUCCGCGAAUCUGAAGCUUGGAAAGAACGUCACCAAAGCGGAGAAGAAGGUUGUCGUAGAUGAGAUCAUAGAUACUUUAGGAUUGAUCGAUUGUAAAGAUACGCCGACGAUGUGCUUGUCCGGUGGGCAGAGGAAGAGGUUGUCCAUCGCUUUGGAGCUGGUCAAUAAUCCACCUGUGAUGUUCUUCGAUGAGCCGACAAGCGGAUUGGACAGCAGCUCGUGUUUUCAGUGUAUAAGUUUGCUGAAGAGCUUGGCUAGAGGUGGCAGGACAGUUAUUUGCACUAUACAUCAACCGUCCGCCAGGAUCUUUGAGAUGUUUGAUAACCUCUACAUGCUCGGUGAAGGGCAGUGCCUUUACCGUGGAAUAGUUACGGGAUUGGUUCCUUUCCUCUCCGACAUGGGUCUAAGCUGUCCCAGUUACCACAACCCUGCGGAUUAUGUAAUGGAAGUAGCAUGCGGCGAGCAUGGAGAUUAUGUACAGAAAUUGGUGAUAGCCGUGAACGCGGGCAGCUGUAAUGGCUACAUGGAAAAAUCGAAAAGUCCAGAUACAGGAACUAGCAUAACGAACGACAUAGCGAAGCAAUCGACGCCCCUCAAAACACCGGCCAUUUCUCCAGCAAGUACUUCGAAUACACCUAAUGGCGUCAACGAGAAGAGUUCUAGCACAACAAACACCAGUGCUACUUGCACGACAUCUCUCUUAGAUAAUUCAUCAGAGAGUUUACCGUUGGCUGACAAAGCGACUUUUCCCACUAGCGGAUGGCAACAGUUCUGGAUUUUGCUCAAACGCACCGUUUUUACAAUAUUAAGAGACAAAACUCUAACAAGAAUGAGGUUAAUUGCCCAUUUUAUAAUUGGCAUUUUAUUGGGUUUAAUUUAUUACGACAUCGGCAACGACGCCGGAAAAGUGAUGAGCAACGCAGGUUGCAUCUUCUUUACCGUGAUGUUCAUCAUGUUCAGUGCUAUGAUGCCGACAAUCUUAACAUUUCCUCUAGAAAUGUCGGUUUUCGUGCGAGAGCAUUUGAAUUAUUGGUACUCCUUGAAGGCGUUCUACUUUGCGAAGACAUUGGCGGAUAUUCCAUUUCAAAUAUUGCUGACUGCGAGCUUUAUGAUGGGAGUCUACUAUUUAACAUCGCAGCCGAUGGAUUGGAUCAGAUUCAGCAUGAUGUUGCUCAUAACCGUCUUAACUGCUUUGACCUCUCAGAGCGUGGGUUUAUUAGUGGGAGCCGCAUUCAAUUUAGAAGGAGGCGUGUUCCUGGGUCCAAUAUCUAUAAUACCGAUGGUCCUGUUUUCUGGAUUCUUCGCAAAUCUCAACGACUUACCAAAAUACCUGAAUUGGCUAUCGUACGUGAGCUACGUCCGUUACGGCUUCGAAGGCAGCAUGAUUGCCAUAUACGGUAUGGAUAGGGAGAAGUUAACAUGUAGUGAUAUUUACUGCCAUUACAAGUACCCCAAAACCUUCUUAUCGCAAAUGUCAAUGACUGGGGAUUUGUAUACAUACAUGAUCGACGUUCUCGCGUUAUUCGCAUACUUCGUCGUUGUGCGGACUUUCUCCUACUUUGUGCUGCGCAUCAAGCUGAUGGCCAAUCGCUAAACAUUGUGAUAUAAUAUAUAAACAAAAAUAAUUCCAAACCAAAAAAAAAUAAGUGGAGGACAUUCAUAUUUUUAAUCACUUGUGAUUUAAUUUAAUACGGUUUAUUUUAAUACCUAUUCUAAGCAUUGUUACCGUGGCCUUUUUAAAUACACCAAAAAUCACCAAACAAAAAAAUACGUGUACGAACUUUGCGCCAAAGAUUUUUUAAUGAUAUUACCGUUUUCAAUUAUACACACAUACAUUUGAAAAUUCAAGCAAUAUUAGUUUUGUAAUAUGUAAACGAAAAGGAAAAACACCAUCGUUUUGUUUCCGUUUCUUUUAAGUGAUUUUCAUUUCAUGAGCAUAUUCUUUCUCAUAUUAAUACUCAUAUUUACAAAAUGUAUGUAAUCAAAACGCAUAUAUAUAUACAAAAGAAACCAAUCA